CUCAACAGUCAACUUAUGGGUAUUUUGAAGCGAUAGAAGUAGCUCGAGCGUAGCUCGAAAGAGAUAGUUUUUGCAGCGGGAGGGCGAUGUGGCAUGCGCUAGAUGUUCAGAAUACGAAUGAAUUAAGAAUUAGCCAGCUUAGUUUCUUUGCACUUUUGCAAUUUCUGUUAUAUUAGCUGAUAUAUGUCAAAUGACAACAUAAAACAAUCACUGGUGCAAUUGCAUUCUGUAGCAGUCCACAGAGGGCACAGUCAUAUCAUGCUCCCGUGGAAGAAGAAUAAAUUCGAUCUGAUCGAGGAGGACAAGCAGACGAAGCAGAAGGGUUAUGCCGUCAGUCUUAACUACUCGGCGCUGACCUCCUUCGCGAAGUCCUGUCCGGAGAGUGCUCUCAACCGCGUAGGGAACAUGUUUAAAUCCAAGCGGAAAAAGGUGAAAAUUACCAGCGACGACCCCACUUACACGGUGCUAUAUCUCGGGAAUGCCACGACCAUCCAGUCCAAAGGAGAGGGCUGCACCGACGUGGCGGUCAGCAAGAUCUGGAGCAAAAGCGAAAUGGGAAAGAACGGCACGAAGAUGAAACUGACCAUCAGUUCCCAGGGCAUACGGAUGGUGCAUGUGGACGACAAGGCGAGACGGCCGGGACACUUGUAUUUGCUGCACCGGAUAACCUACUGCGUCGCGGACCCGAGACUUCCCAAGAUUUUCGCUUGGAUCUACAGGCACGAGAUGAAGCACAAAGCGGUGAUGCUGCGGUGCCACGCGGUGCUCGUGUCUAAGCCGGAGAAGGCGAAGGCGAUGGCGCUGCUUCUGUAUCAGACAUCGGCGACCGCCCUGGCGGAGUUUAAACGGCUAAAGAGAAGGGACGACGCGAGGCACCAACAGCAGCAGCUCAUAGGAGAGCAGACGAUUCCACUGGUGCCCCUCAGGAAGCUGCUAAACGGGCAGUGCUAUUACAAACCCCCGGUGGAGCGCAGCAGGAGCGCGCCGAAACUUGGGUCCAUCACGGAGGACCUGCUCGGGGAAGAGGAAGAGGAGAAAGCCAUGCACUUUGAGUGCGAGGACAUUCUAGACACCGACGACGACGACAGCUUGGACAGUGGGAAGCAAGAGCUCUCUCAGAUCAUCAACGACCUGGGAGAGAUGUGCAUUGGGAACGACGUGCAGACCUUGAAAGCGGACCUGCGGGUAACUCGGCUGCUCUCGGGCGAAAGCACGGGGAGCGAGUCGUCGAUAGAAAGUAACCAGGAAACCAUUCCUGUUCCUAACGGCUUCGAAGAGAGAAAAAUUCAGGAGACUGUUUGACUGUAUAUUGCUUUUUUUCAAGAGCCAAAAACCGAAUCCACUACAAACUAUUACCUUUUUUAAUUUAACGUCGCGUCCAUCGCAAGGGUCGUGUAUGACUGUAGAAUUACGUGCCUCCUCAUUAAAAUGACUUGAAAAUGUACUGUAAAGAUUUAAAGGAUGUUCGAUUCUGGACAGUCGCACAACGAGACACUACAUGCAACUGAAUGGUUCUCUUGCGAGCAGGAGGCCAUAAAGACCGGAGAAGUUACGCUGUGCGUUCUGAAAUGUUUACGCACUGCGCGAGCCAUCACUCCCAUCAAGUUAGAAGGAUUGUAUCUGAUCGAAGCAUGUUUACCACCAGACUUUUUUUUUUUUUCCUCUUAAGAGAUGCCAAAAUUAGAUUCAGAUAACUCCGUACCUAAAAGGUUCUCACACAUCCACCAGGGAGAACUUUACACACUCCCUUUAAUUCGGCUGUUUUUCUAUUAUUUGUUUUUAUUAUAAUUAUUUUUUGCACUGGUGUGAACUUAUGUUGAGUGUAACGUUAUUACUUUGUACAUAGUAUUGUUCUUCUCAUGAAUGUUGUCAUGACAUGCUAUAUCUUUGCUGUGCAAAAGAAAACAUGUGUAUUAAGGUGUACAUAGUAAAAGAAUUAUAUGUACAUAAAUAUCUGUUAUUUUUUAAA